AUGAAAGAAUAUUCAAAGUUGUCAGGGAAAGAUGUGGACUGGGUGAACUGUGCCUGCUGCUGGCUUACAACCUCCUUGGAUUUGGAGGAGCCAGAACUGGAGGGACCAGUAGAGGCAGCAAAGGAAACCGAGGCAGUGCGGCCCAUCCCUCGACCACUGAGUGUAGGGAGGAUCUUGGAAGCCGUUAGGCCCUGCAAGGAUGGGGAGGGGAAGUUGGAGUCACUGCUUUGCCUGUCAUUGGGAUCCCUUGGGUCUUGGAGCGAGCCUGCUGGGGGAGGCCAUGACACCACCAAGACCAGUGUGGGGCUGACCAUCUCAGCCAGUCAGCUGCUUCAUGCAGGUCUGCUCCAUCGAGGGCUCGGUUGUGGGCUGAGGACAUCAUUGCCAGCAUAUGUGAAGGAAGAAGGUCACAGGGACUACAUGUAUCAGAUGCUGCCCUUACAUUCCUCCUCUACUGGGAAGCUUUCCAAACGCGAAACCAUCACCGGCCUCCACAAAUCUGGAAAUUCAGUUGCAGAAUGUGUUCGUCCUUUUGGUACGCCACGGUCCAGCAUCUACAAGGCAGUGAAACACUUCAAGGAGCUUGUUAUAAGUCUUGACUACCCCAGGAGCGGCCACCCAGCAACUGUCCAUGUCCCCACGGCAGAAAUAUCUCGUCAAGAAGGUAAUUAUGAUUCAAUGAAAAUUUUGCUGAGUUCAGAUGCUAAAUAA